AUGCCAUUCUCUAUUCUUGGGAGACGGCAAGCCUCCAGGCUGGUGCUCCAACUGAGGCGGUACAGCUCGACCAAUGCCACAGAUGUCAAGAAGCUGGGUGUCAUUGGCGCUGGCCAGAUGGGUCUGGGAAUAGCUCUUGUAGCGGCUCAGAAAGCUCAAGUGCCUGUCACACUGGUCGACACGUCUCAGGGAGCUCUUGACAAGGGCCUGGCCUUUGCAGAGAAGCUUCUCGCCAAAGAUGUCUCCAAACAGCGCUUGACUCAAGAGCAGGCAGACAACGCCCGCUCAUUGCUCUCUCCCAGCGUGUCCCUUGAUGGCCUUUCAGACGUGGACUUUGUGAUCGAGGCUGUCCCCGAGAUCCCGAACCUCAAGUUUGACAUUUUCUCCAAGCUGGCGCAAAUCUGCCCGCCGCAUGCAAUCUUGGCCACUAACACGUCGUCAAUCUCCAUCACAAAGAUAGCCGCCGCUACGACCAAGGACCCUCGGGAUACAAGCGCAAGCUCGCGCGUUGUGUCAACCCACUUUAUGAACCCAGUUCCGGUGCAGAAGGGCGUCGAGAUCAUCAGCGGCCUGCAGACCAGCCCGGAGACGCUCGAGAGAGCCGUUGCUUUCUGCAAGGCCAUGGGAAAGAUCCCCUCGGUUUCUGCAGACUCGCCGGGCUUCUUGGCGAAUCGUAUCCUGAUGCCGUACAUCAACGAGGCCGUUAUAUGCCUUGAGACUGGCGUUGGCGACCGAGACUCUAUUGACGCUAUCAUGAAGAACGGCACCAAUGUUCCCAUGGGACCUCUGCAGUUGGCUGAUUUUAUCGGCCUGGACACGUGUUUGGCCAUCAUGAAGGUGCUGCAUACCGAGACAGGUGACUCCAAGUAUCGGCCUAGUGUACUCCUGGCCAAGAUGGUUGAUGCUGGGUGGCUUGGGAAGAAGAGCGGAAAGGGAUUCUACGACUAUUAG